ACAUUUCGCCGAACUUUUCAACAAGUGAUCAGUAUCCAAUGAUUAUCCCAUAUUACGUCAAUACUAUGUUAAACUUUUAAUCUAUGAUGAUUGUUUAUUGAUUAAAAAUAUUCUCCACUAUAAUUUUUCGUGAUAAAUCUAUUGUGAAGUGAUUUUUAAUUUUGAAAAUUCUCUUCGUUUCCAAAUGUCUCGUCUGUUUUUGUUCCGAAAAAUUGUGAAGCAGUUCUUAUUUGAUGCCUCUGGAAAACCAAUCAACGAUAAAUGCGAACUGUAUGAGUCUUCCAGAACGGACAGUGGGUUCUUAUCUGGAGAAAUAUCCGAGGAAAUAACGGACUCUGGCAUCAUCGAGGAGAAACCACUAAACACGGACUUUUGCAAUCUCGAUUCGGGCAUUAUAGACGAAGAAAAGAAAGUGACAACAGAGCCCAUGCUUCUGGACAGUGGCGUGUGUCUUACGGAGAGUUUUUCUAAAAUCAGUAUCGAGGAAUCGGGGCUGAACAACCUUAACAGCCCCAAGAAGGUCGCGGCACCUGUUGAAUGCAAGAAAAACGACGAAAUUCCUUGGAAAAUAUACUACGAGCAAGACGAAGAAGGAGAUACAUAUCUUCACAAGGCCAUCGAACAAGGUUUCGUCGAGGUCACGCUCGCUUUGAUCCGCGCCGCCCCCCACCCCAAGCUGUUAGACACGCCCAACAAGGACGGCCAGACGCCCCUCCACCUCGCCGUCGAGACGGGCCAGUGGAACGUCGCUCGCUGGUUGGUCGUCGCUGGCGCCAGGCCCUGCCCAAGGGGCGUGCACGGGGACUCGCCCCUCCACAUAGCCGCGCGCAACAACGACUCGCGGAGCGUCAAGGCCAUGGCCGACCCCGUGCAGCAGCAGGAGAGGGAGCGACUAGCGCUCAGCUAUCAAGGUCACAUGUACCAGCCGUGCAAUUUUGACCAGUGGAAUAUUUAUGGUCAAACCUGCGUCCACGUGGCCGCGAUGCUCGGCCACGCCGACGUGCUCGCCCACCUGUUGCGCUACGGCGCUGACGUGAACGCCCGCGAGGGCACCACCGGCUACACGGCGCUCCACUACGGCGUGGGGCGGCGCGACGAGCCGCUGGUGCGAGCGCUGUUGGCGCGCGAGGACGCGGACGCGCGGGCAGUCUCGUACGCGGGGCGGCGACCGCUCGACGUCGAGGGCCGUGGGCAGCUGCCGGCGCGGAUUGGGCGGGAGUUGAGGGCACGCGGCGCGCCCUCGCCGGCGGGCAGCGAGGACGAGAGCGAGGAGGACAGCGACGAGAGCGAUAGCGGGGAUGAGAUGUUAUAUGAAAAUAGCCACCAAUUCAACUCUUCCCUUGUGAAUGCUAGCGCUUAAAACAGUCCUAAUGUAAUCGAAACGAGGUUCAGAAGUAAGAGAAAGCAGACUAAGUCUGUCCAAGAUGCAGGGUUCAGAAGGAGGGAAGAUAGAAAAAUUGCCAAAAAAUUUGAAAUAUCUGUGAUGAAAUCUGUACACACAUUUUCAUGGCAUGAUCUAACAGAUAAGCAACAGAUUCUUAAUGAGCUUAGCCUAUUAACUACACAGGAUAGAAAUUUACUAGGGCUGCAAAUGUUUUAAUAUUUAAAAUAUCUUGCAGGUUUCUGUCUUUUGUAGAAACCAUUAAUUUAUUCGUGAAUAUCACCACCACUUUUAUUGUCAUUCGAGAAUGGAUAUUGAAUGUUAGGACUAAUUUAAUAAGUGGAGAAGUUUAAUGUGUUCCAUUGUAUAGUAAAUUGUAUAUUAUUUUUUCAUCAGCUAAACAUCUUUUUUUGUUGUAUUUAUUGUUAGUUUUUUUUUUUGUUUCAUUUUAGUAAGUUCUUGUACAUAGCCACCUUAUUUUAUUGAAAGCACAUAGAGCCUAUUAAAUAAAAUGAUUAGG